CGUCUCAUGGCGUAAAUACCGGAAAGAGGAAAGGACAACAAGAUAUUUUUUUAUGCUGUUCCGGUCUGAUUGGCAGAAAUAGGAAACAAUAGCACAUUGCAGACAUCCCAGCUUUGUGGCAGUUGACCUACGGGUUAUAGGAGAAUGAAUUCAUCAAACAUUACCAAUGGAGACGGGAAUCACCAUGGAUUGGAUGCUUCUCCUACUUCAAGCAAUAGUGAGAUAGGAAUGACUGGUGUAGGAGAUGGAAAGACAGCUGGACAACCCUUGUCUGACUUUCUGUUACAGCUGGAGGACUACACCCCCACUAUCCCAGAUGCAGUCACUGCCUUUUAUCUACAGUCAGCUGGAUUUGAAACUUCAGAUCCAAGGAUAAUUCGUCUAGUGUCUCUGGCUGCCCAGAAAUUUGUGUCGGACGUUGCUAAUGACGCUUUACAGCACUGUAAGAUAAGGGGAGCUUCACAGACAAGCAAGACAAGUAAGGGGAAGGAUCGCCGUUACACCCUCACCAUGGAGGACCUGACACCUGCCCUUGCUGAGUAUGGAAUCACUGUGAAAAAGCCUCACUACUUUGUAUGAAAAAAAAAA